AUCCAAAUCGCCGCCGCCGCCGGAGGAGGAGCCGCCGGAGGGGGAGGAGGACGAGACCCUCGUGAUCCUCGACACCUACACGUCGGACCUGCAGUUCCGGGCCAGCCGCGAUCGUUACGGGGGACAGCCGCUCUUCUCCGAGAGGUUCCCGGGACUCUGGGCCGGAGCCCGCAGCACCCACGGAGUCACCCGGGGCAGGGUGUGCUUCCAGGCCAGGGUGUCGCAGAUCCUGCCCGGGAAGGAGGGCAGCUCCGAGGUGCCGCUGCUGCGCGUGGGCUGGUCGGUGGAUUUCUCCCACUCCCAGCUGGGGGAGGACGAGUUUUCCUACGGCUUCGACGGGCGGGGGCUGAAGGUGGAGAACGGAAAAUUCCAGGAAUUCGGGGAAAGCUUCGGAGAGAGCGACGUCAUCGGCUGCUUCGCG